AUGAUGACGCCAGUCAUGGUGGUCCGUAUCGGAUGGCGGGCAUAUCCCUUCUUCAGUGCAUGGAACGCUAUUCUCAUACCAUUCAUCUGGUUCUUUUACCCAGAAACUGCAGGUCGGAGCUUGGAGGAAAUCAACCACAUCUUCGCCAAGGGAUAUGUCGAGAAGAUGAAUUACGUCAAGGUCGCAAAGGCAUUGCCUAAACUGACGGAUGAAGGGGUUGAUAGGAAGGCUAAAGAAUAUAGACUGGCUCGGCACAAUCUCAGAUAUGAAAAUGUUAAGCAAGGAAGCCUUUCAAGUUGGGCAGGUUGUUAUGUCGUAACGGUAGAGAGCGCGUUCACAUGGUCCCAUUCUAUACCCUGUGAACUAGAUUAUUGUUGUUGUUAUUGUUAUUGUUUCUGCUUUGGAUAUUGA